UUCUGUGAGCUGCAAAACUGGAAUGGUUUGAUAGAAAAUAUAAAAUACGACCUUGUGCUGUGUUGGUGGCUCUGCUGCUAUGUCCUGUUUUGUCUAGAGCAGUGUAACUGCUGUACAGAGCUUGCUGUAAGGAUAAUUAAAAAUCACCAUUGAUAAAAUAUAUAUAUAUGGACAUUCAUGAGUGUUCCUUUGCUGCAGAGCAUAACACAAAUGCCCAGACCUUACAGUUCUAUACAGGGUUCACCUGAAAGCAUCAAGAAAAACUUAAGGAUUUUAAGCUUCCGUAAUUUAGAGAGGAAGAAAAACAGCGUUGGUGACAGAACUGUGCCUAGAACCAGUGCAAUGCAAAUGAAUCCCAGACAAAACGACGUCCCAGCGCGUUAAGUCGAGCGGGCUCUGUAAACUUUUGUAGCCGAACCUUUCUGCCCUUUCAGUGCUGAAGUGUCUGCACUGCCUUUGCUCAGAGCAAGAAAACCGGACCCGGCUGCAACAACCGGCUGUGCAGCCGCACGGCGCGCUUCUGCUGCCGUCCGUGCCGAGGAAAACUGCUGUGCGCGCAGCCCCGCGCCGCUCCUGCGCCUCCGCCCCGCUUCUCCCGAGCCCCGAGCAGAGCGGGCGGCCCGGGCUGCGGCCGCUGCCCUUUGAGCUUCCUGCUCGGCCGUGAACCCGGGCUUUGCUCCUGACUCACUUUGUGGGCUUGAGGAAAAGCAAAGCCGCCCAGGAAAACAAAACAGAAGAGGAAACAUCUUGGGUGGCUUCUGCCCGCGCGCAGCAGCGUCAGUAACGGUAACAAACAGGUACUUCGCUGCCCGCGGUGACGCCGCAGCCGCCGCCCCGCACUCGCGAUCCCCCGGCGGGACGCGGCUCGGGGCGGCCUCGUUCCGUCCCGGCGCGCAUCGCACCUCCCCGGGACAUCGCUGCCCCCCGCGCCCGCCCCGCCCGCCGCUCCCGCUGGGCGCAGCUCGGGGCGGAUCCGCCGCGCCCCUCUGGAGGCGGGGAAACGCCACGCAAUACUCAGGAAAACCGCAGCGUGAGUUUCGUUUCUUCGGGGCCGGGAGGCAGCAGCGGGAGGAUGGCGGCGUUGACCAGAGCUCAGUCGGAGCCGAACCUGUUGGCGCUGGAGGAGGAGCUGACGUGCUCCAUCUGCCUCUCCAUCUUCAGCGUCCCCGUGACGGUGCCCUGCGGGCACAACUUCUGCGCCUCCUGCCUGGAGCUCACCUGGGCCGACCAGGUGCGGGACUUCAGCUGCCCGCAGUGCCGCACCACCUUCCCGGGCCGCCCGCAGCUCCGCAAGAACACGGUGCUGUGCCGGGUGGUGGAGCAGCUGCAGGGCUGCGGGGCCGGGGACGGGAAGGAGGACGAUGAGCGCGAGGAGGAAGAGCAGGAGGCGGCAGCCCCCAUCUACUGCGACAGCUGCCUGCAGGCGGCCGCCACGCAGACCUGCCUCACCUGCAUGGCCUCCUUCUGCCCCGAGCACCUGCGGCCGCACCGCGACAGCCCGGCCUUCCGCGACCAUCAGCUGUGCCCGCCCGUGCGGGACCUGCAGCAGAGGAAGUGCCCGCAGCACAACAAGCUCUUUGAGUUCUUCUGCAGCGAGCACAGCUGCUGCAUCUGCUCGCUCUGCCUGCUGAACCACAAGCUGUGCCACACCAGCCCGCUGCAGCAGGCCAAAGACAAAACCGAGUCAGCACUGAAGAAGAGGCUGGCAGAGCUGCACAAUCAGAGUGAAAGAUCUGUGCAAGCAAUGAACUCUGUGAAAACAAUCCAAAGUCAAGCUGCUGAGACAGCUGCCAGAAAGCGAGAUUUGCUGAGAGCUGAGUUCUUGGAAAUUAAAGCUUUAAUUGAAGAAAAAGAAAACCAGACCCUAAAAGUAGUUAUGGAAGAAGAAAAAAGAGUUUGCAAUAAGUUUGAUUACAUAUAUAAAAUUCUGGGAAGUAAGAAGAAUGAAAUUCAGUCUCUGAGAGACCAGAUUGAGAUGGCACUGACCGAAAGUGAUGAUGUUCUCUUUUUAAAGAGAGCAGCAGCAUUGCAACGAACAUCAAUAAAAGAGGCUUUUGUCCCAGUAAUUGAAAUGGACCACAACAUGAUACAUGCUGUUUAUCAGUCUGCCAUUAACCUUAAAGACGUUGUCAAACUUGCAGUGAAUGUGCCCAUGGAUAAAAGAACAGAUGCAAAACCACCACCUGGGAAAACAAAGCCACCUUCAAUGCCUUCCCCAAACAAACCUGUUGUUAAAAAAAAGCUUGCUGCAGACUUGCGUACCCACAAAGAGAAAAUCCCUCACCCAACUAGAACCACUCUGCUGGAGGAGACAGAUGCCCAGGACAAAAAGAAUCCCCUUAAACUCGCACCAAACGUGGGAGCACCAAACGUGGGAGCACCAAUCACGGGAGCACCAAAUGCUUCAACUGCUGCUAUGGUGAAAGAACUUAUUAGCAGCUUCCUGAAAAAACCCAGAGUGGAGCUUUUGCAGUAUGCUGCUAAUGUCACACUGGAUUUAAACACAGCUCACAACAAAGUGGCUCUGUCUGAGAGAUACACCAAGAUGUCUGUUUCAGACAUCCUACUGAACUACAACCAUCACCCUCAGCGUUUCACCGACUGUCCCCAGGUGCUGGGGUUCCAGAGCUUCAGGAGAGGCAUCCACUACUGGGAAGUGGAACUGCAGCAGAACAACUUCUGUGGCAUUGGUGUCUGCUAUGGCAGCAUGGAGCGGCAGGGGCCGGACAGCCGCCUGGGUAGGAACAGCAGUUCUUGGUGUAUCGAGUGGUUUAAUUCCAAAAUUUCAGCCUGGCAUAAUGAUAUUGAAAAGUGCUUACCCAAUACAAAGGCUACUAAGAUCGGUGUGCUGCUUCACUGUGAUGGAGGGUUUGUGCUUUUCUUGACUGUUGAGGAAAAGCUUAACUUGAUCUAUAAAUUCAAAGCCCAGUUUACUGAAGCUGUGUACCCUGCCUUUUGGUUAUUUUCCAGUGGCACUGUUCUCUCUCUCUGCCAAAUGAAAUGAAAGGUCUGGUACCUUCAUGUAGUUUGCCUUCUGACAUACAGAUAAUCAUUCUUUGCAGUGUCUCAUCUUUGUAACUAUAAAAUGUACACUGAAUUCAUAAAUAUUUACUUGCUUGUCUUAGUCUAAGCAAUGUCAAGGAUUCUGGGUUGAGUUUUUUUUUUUUUUGGUGGGUUUUGGUGUUUUUCUGUUUUGUUUUUUUCUUUGGAUGAAAAUUAAUGACUCUUUUAGGUAGUUUAGGAUGUCGGAUGAUUCUAUGGCCUGCGUUGCUACAGCCUUUAGACAGUGAUUGAGUAAAACAAUGACAGUAAAAACCACAGAGAAAGGAUUUGCAAAGACUUCACUGUCCUUCCAAAAGCAAAGUUAUGAUACAACCCAUUAACAAAUGAGUUGUUCAAUAGCUGCUGUAGAUUCUGCAGUCAUUGUAAAGGAUCUCCAGUUUUCAGGCCUGUGUUUCACAGGUAGAAUAUGACUGUUUGAGAAGGAAAUAAGAGAGAUUUCCUGAAAAAGUGUUUCAGGCUUUGAGGUUGGUCUCCGUCUUGCAUUAAUUUUUUCUCUAUAUUCAGACUGUUGUCUACAGCCAGGAUUUAGAGUGUGUGUUCUCAGUGUGUGACUGCCACUGAGAUGGAACGGAAUGAACUGUUGAAAGAGGUAAAUUCAGGUCUUGUGACACUCAGUUGUAAAAAUCGUUAUGAUCUCAUUAGAACUUUCAGAGCUGAUGGAUAAGACAUGGCAUCAGAAUCACCAGGAAAUAAAUAACAGUGAAUAUAUCACAGAGUCUUCAGGAAGAUAUCCUGUGUAGCAUGUGGAUCUGUAACAACUGUCUGUGAGUUGAAGCAUUCUGAGUCAUGUUCUGACCCGGAAUAUGCUUCACAUCCUCACAGUGAAGGCUCUGGAGUAUUUGCUGUGUGUUGAGGAGUUCAGGGAGUUUAUGUUUGGUUUGUAUAAGGAGCAUAAAUGUGCUGUUCGCUUAAAGCAGAGUCUCCUGUCAUAAAACUUUUCCUCUUUGGAAGGCAGGAUGCCCUCUGUUGGCAUAUUUUCACUUGCUUAGUUGGUAGAGGCUGGAUUUCCCGUGGGGUGAAUAUGUUACUGUGACUCUGAUUUGAGGAGCACAGUGCAUAGAGAAUGAUGUUUCCUCCUUGUGUGAAGCCUGCUGGCAGGGAGGUACGUCCUUUGAAGCAUACAGGAAAUCAGCACAAAAUGGAAUACAUUUCCAUCUCCUCUGAAAUGGAUCUUUAAUUGUCCUGGUCUUCUUUGGGUUGUGGUAUGUUUCCAGAAGUCCUCAUCAUGUGCAGAGGAAUCUGUACCUCAGCUUUUCUUAAUUAUAACUUUAAAACAAUCAGUAGGCAAUUGAGGUAUUUGGAUUUCCUAGUUAUUGAGCCUGUACCUUGGUGAUGACUCUGGACUUACUAUGCUAGCUCUAUGUCUUGGAGUACCCUGUGAAGAACAAGGAAGCUCGUAUGAUGGAAUUCUUGGAGUCUAGUGGGAUUUAGCACGUGCUGAGAAAUAAAACACAAAGCUACUGCUGACAGUUUGAAAGGGAACUGUUGGAAUGCUCAAAAUAACCUCUGACUACAUUUCAUGUUAGUGAAAGAGUUUUAGAGGGCAACUUGUAGGAACUUCAGCUUUGUUGUCUUUGGUUACUUGGUUUGAAAGCUCAUAGUACUUUGCAAAGGAUAGCAUCAUUCCAAUACUUCCAUUCCUUGGUCCAGAAUGGUAUACGGAAUUGAUGCUGGAUCUAAAAGUGUGACUGUGUCUUUGGAAUGGUUGUUCUAUUUCAAGAGUCCCACCAUUCCAAUGCACGGUUGCACUGAAACAUUUUGAAAGGUGAGGAAGGAGGAUGGGUCCUGUUAGGAACCAGGAGUGCAGUCAGAACUUUUUUCCUGCAUUUCCAGCUUUCCAGCUGUGGGGACACAAGCAGUUUCAUCUGAGAAAUCCUGUCCAGUGAGCUGCUCAGCCAUGGCAUAGGGCUGCAGAUUCACCCAGUGGGAUGCUGGAGGAGUACCCUGUCCCCUUUUUAUGGGGAAAAAAGGUACUCCAGGGGCUUGUGCAGUGGAGAAAGUCCAGCUCUUCUGUUAUCCCCUUGGUCUUUGGGUUUCAAAGGGGUGUCAACAUUAACCUCUAAGUCUUUGGGCUUCCUUUAGCCAUAGCAUGGAGUGACACUCAAGCUAAGGAUAGAAGAGCUCUUAUUCUGCCACGAUGGACAAGGGUAGAUUCUUUAAAUGUGACAUCAGCAUGUAUCAUGUCAUACAUGUUCUGGUUUACCAUGAGCACUGAAACAAGCCUGACACUGUACUAUAGGAGGUUCUUGUUUUUGGUUUGUUUUUGUGCCAGAAAUGAACCAGAAUGGUAGAACGAAGGUCUGUUCGUUUGGAACAAAGAGAGAAACGUAACAGCUGAGUUGCCACACUUCUGAAAAGUGGUAUUUCAGAUAUCUCCAGAUUUAUCAAAACAUUGGGGCUGAUACAACAGAGUAAAAUAUUAGUUCAUAGAAUCAUAGAAUGGCCUGGGUUGAAAAAGACCACAAUGAUCAUUGAGUUUCAACCACCCUGCUAUGUGCAGGACUGACUUAGUUAUAGCACGAUAGCUAAUGGCUCAGGAAAACUAGAGUGGUUUUACUCAGCCAGUAGUACCAUCAAAGCUACAAUGGUUUUAAAUAAAACAUAGAUAUAAACAUGGAUUUCAGUUACACUUUUCUAAAGAAGCUGACUUAAUCAGUCUAGAAAGAAAAUGAAUCCUGGUCUUAAUAAAGCCAUGAUGUGUUAAAUGAUUUGCACGCUGAUGUACAAAUGAGAGUAACUGGUGAGAUCCUCACCACUGAAUGCCUUAAUCUGUAUUAAUUUUUCUUCAAUGAAAAGUAGUUGUAAAGUACUACAAUUAGAAAAGUAAAUGCUUGUGCAUGUCUAAAUGUGCCAAUUGUGCUGGUAUGAGCCAUGUGCUUCAGUGAGCUGCUCUGUGCUGUAGCAGUUUCAGCUAGGUGUGCUUCUCAGGGCAGCAGACACUGAUUUUUAUGCCCUCUGUUUUACUGUCAUGCCUAUCAUCUUUUAGAUGUUGUUGACUGUUUCAGUUUUGAUCUCAGUGAACUGAUUUUUUAAUUCAAGAAAUAUUAAUUGUAAACCCAAACUCUAAAGGUUUUCUUCUGUACUCAGACUUGAAGCAAGCAGCACGGAAAGCAGAAAUAAAGCUGCUGUUGUGUUCAAA